AUGGGAAGUGAACUAUCUGAAAGCGUGACAUCGCUCAAAAAUGUGACACCUGCUCCUAUUGAUGGCCUGGAAGACGAAUUGGAGGAAUCGUUCGUGUUGACCCCAGAGCCGCAGCCGCGCAAAUAUUUUGGUGUACCAAUAUUCAAUCGCUCUAAUCCAGACAUAUAUCGGACUACGAACAAUUUCCUCGGAGCUAUUCAGAAAUACUCCAGCUAUUCAUUCACUGGGUUUUUAAUUCUUCAUUCGAUCAAUGUUCUCGUGACUCCUGCCAUUAACGUUGAUGUCGCUGAAGAGACCUUUAUGAUGGCUCGUGAUAUUUACCAACAAGAGAAUGUGGAAAAAUGGUUAGUCUUUGGAAGUUUAAUUGCCCAUGUGGCUUCUGGUCUAGCUAUUAGGGUUAUUAGAACUGUCAAAAACUAUUUUAGUCGGAGAAAUCAGGCAAAGAAUAGUAAAAAGAACAAAUCCCAGUUCAGUCAGCAACUCGCGAUGGAACAACAAGCAAAAUAUAAUUCCCAAACUCAAGACUAUGAGAUAACCGAUGAAUCGGUUGGUCUUGGAGGCUGGUUUGGUGCGUUCAAACUUGGGAUUCGUCGUUCAAAAAUAGCAUCACUAUUAGGGGUAACCCCAGUACAACUCUCGGGACUUCUAUUGGUGCCGGUACUUGGAUACCAUAUUCUAAAAGAAAGAAUUGCCCCCCUUAUGAUUGAUGGUGACUCUUCACUCAUUAAGCUCGGGUAUGUUGCUCAUGCCUUUGCUAAAAGCAACAAAUUGGUUCUGUACCUUGGUUUUGGAUCAUUGAUAUACUUGACCCUCUAUCAUGUGGUUGCAGGGUGGAUGAAAUAUUUGAAAAUUUAUAGCCAAACGCAGCGGAGAAGAGGUUUUUUGUUAGUUAACGGAUUAACCUUAUUGGGGAUGUUUAGUUUAUCCAGAAUUGUCAGUAUGGGCGCAGAGCAUGGGACUGUUGGUAAAGCUUACGAUGCGUACAUGAAUUAUUCCCCUUUGUGA